AUGUUUACAAUGCUGUCACAUAACUUAUCACCACAAAAAUCAUCCCCAUCAUUAACUACCACAUCCACCAAUUACCACCAACUGGAUUUAAGAAAAAGACAAUCAAAGAGAGAUGAAGCUAUUAGGAGAAGAAUUGAACAUGACUUAAGUAAAAAGAAGAAAAAUGGUAGUAGAAUUACGAGACAUAAAAAGGCAAUUCCUGGCACUGUAUUAUCUUUAAAACCAAGUGAUCCCAUUAUUUGCAAAACCACAGCUACAGUUCACGAAGUUUCUCAAAUGAUGACUGCGACGCGUGAAAACUGCGUAUUGGUUGUUAAUGAUAUUGGCGAACUUUUGGGGAUUUUCACCGCCAAAGAUUUGGCAUUUCGUAUUGUUGGAUCAGGGUUAACGGCAAAUUCAGUCACUAUCGACCAAAUCAUGACUGCAGAUCCAAUUUGUGCAAAUGCAAACAAUCCUGCAUCUGAGGCGUUGAAUUUAAUGGUGGAAAGAGGGUUUAGACAUUUGCCAGUAUUGGACAAUGAUAACCAAAUUGUUGGGGUCUUGGAUAUCACCAAAUGUUAUGCACAACAAAUGGAAAAAUUGGAAAGAAUGCAUGCUCAGUCAAAAACAUUGUAUGACGCAUGGAACUCAGUGCACAAUGAAAUUGGAGUACAAGAUCAGCCUCAACAUGUUUUCCAAUACUUUGAAACAUUAAAAAGCAAAAUGAAUGGACCUACUUUGGACAAUGUUCUUGAUGAAACCACGGAGCCGAUAUAUGUUAGUGUUAAAACAUCGGUUUAUGAGGCUACCGUAUUAAUGAAGGAAAAUAAAACGACUGCAGUUUUGGUAAAAGAUACUAAUCAAGAAGUUACGGGUAUAUUCACUUCGAAAGAUGUUGUUUUGAGAGUUAUAGCAGCUGGAUUAGAUCCUAAAAACUGUUCUGUGGUGAGGGUAAUGACAUCACAUCCUGAUGUUGCUUAUGCUAGCUUACCAAUUCAGCAAGCUUUGAGGAAGAUGUUUGAUGGUCAUUAUUUGAACUUACCUGUCGUUAACAAUGAGGAUGAUAUAAUUGGUAUGGUAGAUGUCUUGAAGCUAACCUAUGCAACUUUGACACAGAUUAAACAAUUGGAAGCCAAAGAUUUACCGCUGUCGCUUGAUGUACCUGAACAGGGCAACGAAGGUCCUGCUUGGAACAAAUUCUGGACAUCUUUAGACGACAAUGAAUCAGUGCAUUCAGAUUCCUUGAUGGAGGAAAGCGCAGCAGCCAAUGCCCCAGAUGUGACUCCAUCCGAGUUUCAGUCGUUCAAUGUCGAUAUCAAACCAUCUGAUUCAAUAUCACACGUUGAUGAAUCUCCAACUAAGGGCUCAACGGCAGCUGGAAGUUUGGCCCACAGUGUUCAAGAUGAUUCCCCAUACAUUUUCAAAUUCAAGUCACCGGCUAUAGAAGGCAGAGUACACCGUAUUACUUUAAAACCAAGUGACGGUAUUCUUUUAUUGAGAAAAUUGAUCAAUUCAAAGUUAAACGACAAGGAUUUUAUAAAGUUGAAUGUAUCUAAGCCCAGUGAUAAUGAAGACGAGCCAGCGUCCUCCAACAACGGAGUUGCUAUAAGUUAUAUUGACGAUGAGGGUGAUGUCGUGUCUAUUACCACAGAUAAUGACUUGACUGAAUGCGUUCGUAUAAACCACAGAUUAGGUAAUGAAAAGGCUGAUUUGUAUUUACACAAUCCUCAUCAACAUCCAUCAGUUGAUGAAAUCAAACCCAUCAAGAGAGGGACCAAGCAAGAACCAUUUGUAUCUGGCAUUGCCAAUGAGGUGUUGGUUCCUGGUGUACUAGCUGUACUUGCGUCAUCCAUCAUCAUUGGUAUCGCGUUAAGUAGGAAGUAG